AUGUCGGCGCAACUGGCAAAUCUAGUGGGCAAGAAGAUUCUCGCAGAAUCCGCCCGAAAUCAUUUCGGACAAGAGGUAAAGCCCAUUCCAUUUUCUGAACCAUCCUACUCUAGCGAACUAUGGGCUAAGACUCUUGUGUGGAAUCCGAUUCGGAUGGGGGAGUGUGAUAGGUCUAUUCCCAUUACUCAUGCAAGGAUUCAAAAUAGUAUUGGCGAUGGAGCAGAUGCUGCAUUGGCUUUAAUGGUGGUGCACACCUGUGACAAAAUCGACGGGGGCCUCCCAUCGCGGCUGCGAAUGAUGAUGCUCAUGAAUAUCGUGAUUGAUUUCUUCAUCGGCCUGGUUCCUUUCAUAGGUGAUGUUGCCGAUGCCGUGUACAAGUGCAACACGCGGAACGCCGUGCUCCUGGAAAAGCAUCUGCGGGAAAAGGGGGCCAAGGCGCUUUCCAAACAAGAGCGGAGGCAGAAUACAGCGGAUAUGAGCUUGCCGGACGAGUUCGACCGCUAUGACGACGAUACCUCGGGUGAGCCAUCUAGUCAUAAAGGCCAACCACACAGUAGGAACACUGAUGGUCCAGCGAAGCCUCAAGCAGCACGGCAUCCCAAGAAAAGCCGUUCAAAAGGCAGAUGGUUCGGAGGAAGAGCCCAACCGGAGGAUGACCUUGAGAGUGGAGUGAUCGAUAACUCCCGGCCCUCUCGGCGGCCAUGA